AUGCCGGCCUCCCCCUCCUCUGGGAGCCGCAAGGUGGUGACGAUCACCAAGGUCGAGGGCCCCACUGUCAGACCCGCAGAGAAGCGAUACUCGCUCGUGCCGACCCCGAAGCUGCCGGCGGCCGUCCAGUUCCCCCUCAUCGCGAUCCUCAGCCUGUCCAUCUCGGCCCUGCUGUACUCUCUCACGUACCAGUUUACCCGCGCCCCGCUGGCCAUCAACGAGAGAGUGCUCGAGAACUGGACCGAGGUGGCACUGCUUACUGGCUGGAAGGUAUUCCAACUGGGUCUCGGCUGGUAUGGCAACUUUGACAGUAUUGACCUGGCUGCUUUGACUGUGCUGUCUCAAGGCCCUUCUCUAUAUCUGCUCUCUACGUUCUACAGCACGCCUGCCGUUCCUUUGGUCUCCUCUCUGGCUAUCGAGGUGCUCUCUGCGACUCUGCCUUUCCACCUGCUGCGACCCUUGAACGUUGUUCAUGCAGACCCCAACGACGCCCCCAACGGUGACAUUGUCGCUGAUAGGCCGAUUGCGCUGCUGACCACACUCCUCGCUGCCGCCAUCUACAGCGUGGCUUUGCUCUUUGCCUACGCCACUUACCUGCCUACCUACCUGGUUGUCUACUUCACCAACCUUGCUUCCAUCGCUCCAGCACACGAAGCAAGCUACAUUUCGUUCCUCCCAGUGACCUUGGCCCUUGGCCUUGCGGCGCAGACCUUCAUUUUUGCCCCUAUCACUACCGUUCCGCGGACCACCCAGGACGAGAUUAACGACAGCUUCAACCCUGUCGAGGCUGGGCUGGGCGCCACCGUUUGGUGGAAUGUCUGGGGCUGGAGCACCCGCACCAAGGUCGCAAUGGGCCGGACUCUUGUACUCAUGCUCGUGAGCGGUGUCAGCUCUGCUCUCAAGGCCCGCUAUGAAGUGUUGGGCGUUGAGACUGCCGGCGCUGUCGCUUGGGGCACCGUGUGGGUUUUGGCCGCCGGAGUGACAGGAUUGGGCCUUGGUGCUGUUGGCAGUACUUAA